UAGCAACUGUACGGGUCCCUGUAGCCUCUGUAAUGGCCUGUCCUUGUGGUUAGGGUGAGUGAUUUCUGGUUGGAUUCCCUGGUAUGCAGCGCUCAGCAAGCAUGAGGCCAGUCCCAGCUCCCAAGGCAAACGCUUUACUCUCCCACAGCUGGCUGGCUGGCUGGCUUGGGAAAGCGGAAUCAGGCGGGCGAGCGGCGGUGGGGAAGGAGAGGUCACAUUGCUGCUGAGAAGUUACUCAAACCCCACCAGAGGAUUCUCUCUCCUCCUCCUCCUCUCUUUGUAUCUAGCAAUCUUUAAGGGGUGUGACGCUUGGAAAGCUACCGCAGGAAACUUUGCUUUCCCUAAAGACGGGCUGAGGCCUAGCUGGGCUCGCUUGGGCCGCCCCUCAGCUGAGUUCUUUACACAGCUGCAAACCCCAUCUGAGGAGUGGAGCCUUUGCGCUUCCCGGCUUUUGUUUGCUGUUGAUCUCCAGUGCACCUUCGUGCUCGCAUUUCACAAGCGCGUAUGGGGUGUGUGUUUAAAAAUAUGAACCAUCUCCUCUGGGCCAUAAAGAGGCAGAGGAAGCGUGUCUUCGUUUGAAGCAUUAGUUUGAGCAUUGCUGAGGAAAAGGUGAUCAGGACUAAAGGAGGGAGCGGGGGAUAAGCAGACAUCGAGCUUUCUUAGCUGCUCCGUUCUUCAAGAUCUCUUUGGCCUCUAAGAGAUGGGAUGACUGCAAGCUCAACCAGGAUCCUUGGCUUCAGUUCCCGCAAACUUCCCCCCCCCCCUUGGAUGGGUCUUUCCAGAACUGAGUUUUGGACUCAGGUGCUGAUGGGACUGUACCUACCUCCCCUUUCCCUCACAGAAGUGAACUGCUGCUGAUCUGAGAAGGCUUGGUGAGUCCCUCACCUCCUGGAAGUGGGAGCAUGGAGGGGAGUUUCACUACUGGAAGGAGAAGAGCUUUGAACAACGUAAAGCAAUGUGUCAGAAAUAUUCCUAGAACCAAACAGCCCCCUGGGAGCCCAGAAAAUACAAAUGAUCAUUGUGUCAGUGGGCCAGCCUGGGUUCAAGUGGGGCUGCUGGGGGACAUGAGCAAGGGCAUAUCUUCUGUUCUGGAGUCCAAAGUUAAAGCUCUGAAAGAGAAGAGGGACGCCAUUAACAGGCAGGCUGAGGCAGCACCUCAGGAAUGGGCAUCUCCGAAGAAGGUCAAGACCCGGAAGGGGAAGCCACUGACAGAGCCUGUUCCUCAGGAUGCUGUGGUGGAACCUCAGGCCCAGAUCUGCACCUACGUGACAGAUGUGCUGCUGGACAGCACUGACUACCCACAUCUGAAGCAGGAUGAAUGUCAAGGGUUGGUACUUGCAAGACUGUACAUUGAUGAUUUUGAACCUCUGAAAGGGCCUAAGGCAGUAGAAGAGCGUACAAGCAUUAGCUGGAGUUCACCUGAGGAGUUCCAGACGCAUCCAGGAAGAAAUGUGCUAGAUGAAAAGGGCUCUUCAGGCAACGCAGCAAAAAGGGCAUCCCAAAACAACCUCUGUGGGGCCAGCUCCUUAAAGGACCUUCCCUUCAACCAAGAUGCAAAUGGCAGAGAAGAGCACCUAGUUCAGGCUAAGGAUUUUGAAAGCAGCUCUUUUCUCCACGAAGAUGACCCCUGUGGGGUGCUGACAGCUGGCUGUCUUUGGAGAGCAGAGAGCUGGGACAGUCUCUGCAGUGGCAGAAGCAAUGCCAGCACCCUGUCCUUGGCAGAGAGAGUGGAGAGGAACCGGUCAAUGCUGCAGGAGAUGUUGAACGCAUCACAGGUUAAUUGCCAUUCUUCCCGGGACCUGCAUACUCUGCUUCAUCACAAGAAGGAAGCCCCAGGCCUUGGGAAUGAUGCGCCCAGUAAUGAGAUCCUGGCAAAUGAUGUAGACUGGGAUUCUGGAGUCUCUUUACAGGAUUCUGAAGGCUUCCGGGCCUUUGUUCCCAACCAGGAGCUGGAGCUGAGUCCCAGGCAUGAGCAGGCCAAGCAACUGCUGCAGAAAGCUCGUAUGAAGGCCAGGACGAACCCCCUCCGAGCCAGCCAUAACAUUCUGCCUACUGCCCCUCCGGAAAGGAGGGAUGGCUGUGGGAUCUCUGCUGCAGAUGCAGAGAGCUUUGCUCUGAAGGAUGGAGACUCCCAUACCAGUGGGAACCUGAGCGACUCGUCUAGCGGGGAAUCCAACUGUGAUCACCAAAGGAAGCGAGGGCCAUCCCCAUCCCGAGUACGUUUUGAAGAUGAGUCUGCACGGGAUGCUGAGGUCCGCUACUUAGAACGUCUGCAGCAGCGCCAGAAGCGGGUCUUGGAUUCAGUUCUUCUGUCUCUAGGUCGCAGCCCGCUGGUCUCCAAACCAGAUCUUUCCGAUUACAUAAAUGGUGAGCUCCACCCCAAAGAGAACAGCACCAGCAAACCUGGUUGGGAACAGCAGAGCACUGGGCAGGCAGCAGGAGUGCUUGCUCACCAAAGCGGCAGGGGGCGCUCUGAAAAGAGGAAACCUCUGGCGGUCAAUGAAGAAGGGAAGUCCAGUGCCUGUGGCUCUUAUGUCAAGAAUUUGUCAGCCAGUCAGAAUCCAGAUACUGGAGUAAACCAGCCUGGGAAUGGCAUGGGUCAGAUAUUACAAAAUAUCCCCCCAAAAAGCAAAGAGCUACGUCAGGCCAAUGAAAACAAAGAGAUUAAUGCUUCCCAGGAAGACUCGCAAACAAGGACUUUGGGUCCCAAAGGAACUCCGCUGUGGAUUCUUCCCUCUCGGCAGCGUGUUUGCACAGAACGCAUCAGGGAGACUUACACUGGGGAAAUGUCUUGCAUAGAUGAUGUGGAUUCAGCUUUAGACAGCACCACUGACACAUCAGACAGUUACAGGACAGACAGUGAAGAGGCUGGUAUCAGCAACCAGCAACCAGUGGUCAAAAGCCACUGGCAUAGUGGGCCUGGUCCAGAUCUCUACCCAUUUUGUCCUUCACAGAAGGGAACCAAGAACAGGAAGGCCGCAGGGGAGAGGCACGGUGCAAGUGGCAGCGGCAGUGCUAGGGGUGGGGAACUCUGGGAUAAUGUGCCUAGCCUUAGCAAAGGGGAAAUUAGAUCAAGCGCUAAUGAAGAAGACAACUGUUUUUUUAAGGGGGCCUCUGCGGUAGGAGAUCAGGUUAUCAAAAUGGCAGCCAGCAAGGCAGAAGUCUUUCCCGGAAGCAGCCAGCCUAUAGAUCUAAAUCAACUGGAAAAGAAGGGCAGGAUGCAAGAGCACACAAAGGUGUCCAAAGCCCCGUUGAGGCAACCCAUACCCACUGUCCACUCACAACCGGUGCCUUCCCAUCUGGUCCCUGAUGAUGUAACAGAUUCUGUGAGCGGGAAGCCAGUGGAAACUCGCAAUUGCAAUCAUAAGCCAACAAACCAUUUAAAUCAAACCAGGCAAGUAAAGGGGCCUUCCCAGCAGUUAACUGAACAAAUGGCUGCCAACCACAGCCUGGUGAACCAAGUUCCUGUGCCACCUGCUACUGGAAAAGCCCAUUCUUCCCCUGUGCCUUACAGGAGGGCUGUUUUGACUGGCUGCCACAAGCUGACCAACCAGGAUCCUAGGUGGAUGGAACAAGCCAAUGAACUAUCAAUUUACUCACCUUCCCCUAAUAGCUUCCGGCAUGUGUGUGUGUCUGGGCUGAAGGAACAGAAUGGCCUGCAGAAUCCAAAGGUGCUCUCCAAGAGUCAACUGCUGGUCUUAUCUACCAAUAAUUGCAAUAACACACACGCCAAGCACCAACCGAAAACCUUAGUGACAGCUACUGUGAAGAGCAGGGAGGAGGAACAGUGCCAGGACAGUCAGAAGCUGGGGAAAAAUCAAGGUCCAUCUUCCUUAGCAUGUGGUGUUCCCCCUGCUACUCCCAGUGCCAUCAGUUCCACUGCCAUGAGUCUUUCCCUGACAACUGAGGAGGCCAACUUUACAACUUCCGCUCAGUCCAUCAGCAGGGAGGCUUCAGCUGCAGAGGUCCAAAAGGCAGAGCCAGAACAAGCAAGUAAAGCCCAACACAAACCCUUAGAGAUCUUCCCAGAGCCGAAGAAGAAGCAAUUUGCCAAGAAAGGGGGCUCCUCCUCUUCUUCCUCCUCCACAUCAGGGCUAAAGAAAUUCUUCACGACCCUGAGUCAGAGCACCAAGCAGAGACUGGGGAGGUUCCGCUGCCACAGCAUGGAGCAGAUCUAUGCCCCAGAGCAAGGAGCUGUGGUGUCCACUGAGGAACCAGGUCCAAGCAUCACUAGUUCACCCAAAAUGAAGAAAGCACCUUCCCUGCAGUCCUUGCGGCUGGUGUCACCUUUCUGCCAACCAAGAAAAGCCUCUUCAGUUCAAAACCUGCAAUUCCUUCUGGGCAAGACUGACCGAUCCAGUCUCUAUAUGCUGGGGGAACCAAAAGAUGAGACGGCUGUUCCUAAUAGGAACGCAGGGGCCCAACAUCAGCGUUCCCUCAGUGUGGAGGACAUUGGCUCCCCCAACUUGGUGAGAAAUGUUGGGCGGGUGGUACAAGUUUUCCCGGAUGGAACGAGCCAGCUGGAAUUGCAGCGCUCCCCACAGGGCAGCUUUGGGUUUCGUGUCUCAUCAGGAAAUGGCCGUCCCGAUACAGGCAUCUAUGUUCAGGAGAUGGCUGACGCUAGCACAGCCAAACUCUAUGCUGGCCUCCUUGGAGUUGGAGAUGAGAUCCUGGAGGUGAACAGUGCCAAGGUUGCUGGGCUGGGCCUGGCCCAGAUCAAUGAACUUCUCCUAAAGGGAGACACCCUCUCAGUUAGAGUGCUGAGGCAGAGGCCUGUCUGGCGAUAGCAAAGCAGUGCGAGGUGUUCACAAGGGCUUGGCUGAAUGUGAUGUUUUUCCCACUCACUGCAAGGAGCCUCUAGCGCCUACUGGGCCUGCCUGAAACUUGGAGCACAGAUCCAAAUCAAAGCGCUGUAUCAGUGCCUCUCUGACUUGAACAUGGGCGGUGGCACAGCCAACCAAUGGAUUAUGCUGUCAUGUAAGCUGGUAUGUGCUAGAUAUUUAAUUUAUGCAAAGUUUUGGCAGACAAUAUGGAAGUGUCUCUUUCUUCCUUGGCCCUCCAUGGCCAAGAAAUGAGAAUUAGUGGAAAGUAUUUGGCACUGACACAUGAAGUGACAGGCGCAGCACUUAACAAAUUUAUAAUUAAACAAUUAUAUAUCUCCUCCCCCCAAAAAGCCCACAACAUCCUGACACACAGACUUUUCUCCUUUAAAACCUGAAAGAUGCUGAAUUUUCUUAAAUUGAUAUUCUAAGCUAGGUGGACUCCUAGAAGAUGUUUAAGCCACAAUUUGUUCUCGUUAUGAGCUUUGCUCCUCAUGAAAUUUUGCAUCUGUUCAGCGUGUUGAAGAAACGUCUAGACACACCACCAGUGAAUAUUCUCCUUAGGAAAUCUCCAGGUGUUGGGACUAUUGAAUCUGUUUUGGGUAGCUAUGGUAACUGCAUCCCUCAAUACAAUAGGAUGUUGCCCUUAUUGGAGGUUGUGGCUUGCCCGGGCUAACUUUGAAUCUCCCUCUGUGCUAUUAACAGGCAUGUAAAUUGCUUUCAAGUUUUUAUCAAUUGCUGUCCUGUUAGGGGGUUAAAUCCUCAGCCUUCACACCCCUCUCACAAACUAUAAUUUUCAAAGUUCUUUACAAGAAAUACCCUAAGACUUGCAGUUCUUUAGAGGGGCUAGGCAUCGUUAUGAAAGAACACUCGGCACCCUUGCAAAACAUCAAUGUUCUUCACAGAAAUUCAACCAGUUUCAAAUCAGUUUGUAUUGGUAGUGUGCAUGUGCCGAAACUGUCUGCUGCGGCACUUGGAGCUGAGGCCUGCUCUCGCAAGGAACAGCCAGGCUUUCACAAACUGGAAUAAAAGAGGGUAGAUGAUCUUGGGUUUUUCCUUACAAGCUAACCAUGGAUUUGUGCCCCUUGCAGAUUCCAGUGGCCUGUUGAAAUACUAUACUUUGGGGCAUUCUUCCUCAGUAGUCACCAGGCAGCCCGAUCAGCCUACAACCCAAUUGUACAAGCUAACCUGACCUUCAUGGUUCCUAUUCCCCUCAUUUUCAGCCCAUGACAAUGUCCUAGUUCUCAUUAAGUGGUUUACCUACAUCUGGGCUAUACCAUUUCAGCCAGGAGGUGAGGGGCUCAAAUGGCUGAAAGUUCCUCAGUACAAAAGAAAUCCCGGCACAUAAAAAACUUGCAUGUCAGUGAGAAGCCUGGGCUUUCUCCCUGGCAUGCUAGUUUUCUACAUGUAGGAUUUCUUUUUUAUUUGGACAAGUAUUCAAUUAUUUGAGCCCCCCACUUGCAUGUCUGAAAUGGUACAGCCCAGAGUCAGGUUUGCCCUAGUGAGGAGGAGGCCUGAAUUGGCUAUUAUGAAGAUACGUGCUCUUCUUCUCUGUUGUGUGUCUUGGAGCCAUUCUGCUUUCUCACAAGUCCAAAAGACCAGGUUCACUCCUGAGCCUCGCAACCAAGAGUUAAUUGUGACGGGAGAGGAUUCUCUUGUGACUGCUGUGGGUACAACUCUGCCCCACAGUCAUGGGCUACUCUCGACAUCAUUGGAAUGAUUCUAUACCUUGUUUCAUGGUGUUUCUCUGAUUAAAUUAUUUUUUUUAAACAACCUUGUGCUUCUGGCCUUCAGUUAUUGAGGGAAGAGCAAUUUUGCCAAAUUAAGAAGAGGGUUUUCUCAUUUCUAAAUGAAGCCAAUGGUUGCCUUAGAGCAAGGUUCUCCAAAUGUUUUGGGCCUGGGGCUACAUUUGCAAAUAGAAGAAGUGAUAGUGGGCACCAUAAAAUACCCAUUACACAGAAGGCAAAACUGACAAUGCUCAGAACCCUCUCCAAAACAGGCAAAAAACUUAACAUACACCCCCAAAUAAAACACAGACAACAGUAGGCAUCUUCAUUCCAAAAACAAGCAACUCCCUCAUCAAACAACCAAAAACGAUUCCUCAUUUGUUUUUUUAAAAAUAAACAAUUAGAGGGAGGGGGCCCUUGUUGGGCUGUCUGUAGGUGCUGUUGUGCCCUUGGGCACCAUGUUGGACACCCCAGCAUUCGAAGCAGCCUUGGAAUUUCUGUGCUCUGACCCAGGGGAGAUGGAGACUUGUGGCAACACAACCAAGCCUACCUGUGGCCCUUUCUUAUCAGCUAGCACAAGAAGGAACAGGCCAUGGGCAGGGCUGGAUCAAAACACUUUUGUGUUGCAUAGACAAUGCAGGCAGCACAGGCCCCCAUACAGGCUUUCAGAGGUGGAUUCUGUCUAUCUUCCAGUUCUGUCACUCUUUGAUGACCUCAUCUUGUUGAGUAACUGGCUGUAGAUAAUGGGCAGGAUCCAGUGAUUCAGGUUCCCCUGCAGACUCCCUCACUCUCACCUACUUUGAAACAGUAAGUGGGUCAUUUGGCGUCUGCCCUUGUAUCAUCAGCUUGCUACUUUAUUGAGUUUGCAUCCCACCAUUCAAGAAACUCAGGGUGGUAUAUCUGGGCAAAUCCCCAUGACCCGCCUACCCAGUUGGGUAGACUACCUAUUGUGCUGCUUUGCAUUUCUGGACCUUUUUUUUAAUUGGAAACAAGCAGCACUUAGAAGAGGAAUGGAUCCCAGCAUGGGAAUGCCAAUUGCACUUAAAGCCACCAAAGGGCUGAAUGUGGCUUUGAACCCAGGUGUCUCAUGCCUGAUUGUCAUUGCUCCAGCCACAUGACAAUUGAAAAGGAAAAAAACCACAACUUUCUGAAAUUCAACUCAGCUUAAUGAGAUGAACAGCUGAAUAAAUGGAAGAUCACAGGGCAGCUUUUAAUUCUGGGUGCCCAGCCAGCACAAGGUGGGAAAACACCUUUGGCAAAAGGCUGAUUAUUCACUGAGUUGUUUAUGAGUUGCUUUGCUUGCAAAGCAACCCAAAAUGACUUACAACAGUAAGAUUAAAACCAAUAAACUCAUUAAAAGAGCAAGCACAAUGCAACUUGAUAAUGCUGUCCCCUCCCCACCCCCAGGGAUAAAUAAGGAUGUAAUGGCCGGGAGGUAGACUAUACCGAUGGCAGUGGUCUCCCAGUUUGUAUCAACUCUGCAGAUAGACAGGGAAUUGAUUCAGAUUGACGUUUGCAGCAUAUGUGUGUUGCAUCACAGAUGUGCUAUCCUGGGCCAGUGGAACUUGUACAAUUGCAAGAUGCAGCUGUGGAGGAGGCCUGCUGUUAAGCCACACCCACAUGUUCUGCUGAUGGGUUGUCAGGUGGCGCACCAGGGCAAGACCAGAGUACAGUCAUAUCACCACAACUAAAUGGAGAAAAGUGGUGCCUCUCAAUGACUGUACUGAUGUGUCUGUUAGGUGCGUCAACUAAACCCUGAGCUUAGCUGUUGGGUACAAAUUGAUCAUUUUGAGCAGGUAGUGUGACAUAAAUCAGCCAGGGUCAAAGGAGCCACAUAUUUACAAUUCAUUCCCUGGCUUUCCUCUGAGGAGCUCAAGGUGGCAUACAUAGUUCUUUUCCCUUCGUCCUUACAAUUUUAAUCCUCAACAACUCCAUGUGGUUAGUUAAGCUGAGAGGUACUGACUAGCCAAGGUGGGUGAGUGGAGAUUUGAACCCAGGUCUCAGCAGUUGUAGUCACUGCACUAACUUAAAAUAGGGCAAACAUAGUUAUCAGACGAUCAGAAGUGCUGCUGUAGCCACUGAGUUGUGUAUUUUGGAUAAUUGACAAUUCCAACACUGCUGGAUCUCCUCCCCUUUGACUGACACAGCUGGGUUGGGUGGGAGGUCUGGCAAACAGGGAUACUGAACCAGCUUGCCUUUUUCCUGAAAUAUUGUUUGUUCACUGAAGCAGGCAAGAGAAGAUCAGCAGUCAAAAGUCACAGGAGAAGGCUGCUGCUGCUGCCGCCAGAUGGACAGCUUAGUUUCCAGGUGCUCCUUCCCUAAAAACAGAACCACAAGGGCAGCUCAAGAUUAACCCUCAGUUUGCCUUUGCCUUGGUUUUGCUAACAGAUAAUAGAAACAUUUUGUCCCCAGCUCCUAACCCAAAACAUCCAGUCCCAAGUGCGUGUGUGUGUGUGUGCGUGCGCGCGCAUGUUCUCUCUAGAUACAGACACAUAAGAUAAAAAUUAAUUAAUAGACACAUAGAUAGAUAAAUUAAGAACAGCUGUUCAAAUCAUGUGAUACUAAGGUUUAUGGGCUUUUGCACCCCUUCCCUAUCUUUAAAUGACAGCAAAAUGACAUUUGUGGAGAAAGCAAGCACCCUGCCUGCCUUGCCUUUAUCACACUUUAUUCUGCUGUUCCUGUGCGGAUCUCCAGGUGGUAUACAUGGGGUUAUCCCAGUUUAUUAUUACAGUGGCAGUUUAAGGCUGGGAGUGACAUAUCCAAGGUGAAAAUAUAAAGCCCAGUUUCCUGGACAAACUCCCCACUGCUUCAUAGUUGCUCCUCUUCCAGGAGUCCCAACACAAUCAAAUAAAUGCUUUGGCUUUUACUUUCAAAUCUUUGCUCUGAGACAUACAUUGCCUAAGACCAUUGUCAUGUUCUAGUGAGCUCUUGGGAGUCGCACUUCUUGCUUCUUCAAAGCAUUCCUACAGGAAAGGCACCCAAAUACCAGUUGCUAUUUGCUAAAGCCAAAUCAAGGAGCCAUGGCCUCUGGCACAGAACCCAAAUUAGUUACGGCAAGUGGGGAGAAAAUAAAAAAUCCAGGAUUCACCCACACUGGAACCAGUUCUUACCUUGAGACUCUGCUUUGUCCC